GCGGCCUGCGGCGGGAUAUCCCUGGGCGGCGAGAGCGGCUUUGCUAUCUUGGGACCCAUGGCUUUUUCUCCUGGGCUCCGGGGCUCCUUCAGCCAUGCACGCAGAGCACUGAGCCAGCGCUGUUUCAGCAUCACUGGGAGCCUCAGUGCAAUUCAGAAGAUGACGCGGGUGCGUGUGGUGGACAACAGUGCCCUGGGAAACACCCCGUAUCACCGCCCUCCUCGGUGUAUCCACGUCUAUACCAAGAAUGGGGUGGGCAAGGUGGGCGACCAGAUCCUACUGGCCAUCAAGGGACAGAAGAAAAGGGCACUCAUUGUGGGGCACUGUAUGCCCGGUCCCCCGAUGACCCCCAGGUUUGACUCCAACAACGUGAUCCUCAUUGAGGACAAUGGAAACCCUGUGGGGACCCGAAUUAAGACACCCAUCCCCACCAGCCUGCGUCGGAAGGAAGGCGAGUAUUCCAAGGUGCUGGCCAUCGCGCAGAACUUCGUGUGAGUGGCACCCAGGCCUCUUGGCACAGGGGCUGUGAAUGGAGCCGUUCCAAGGAGGCGUCUUUGCUGAGUAGGUGCUGGGGCUACAUGGCUGCUCCCUUCGCCCUGGGUAACAGCGUCCUGUGAGGGAAUAAACGUUUCCACGUA